GGAACUUAUUCUACUUUCAAUUUUUCAAAAGCCCAUAGAUCUAGCUUGAGUACUGUUUCAGAUAGAUAAAUGAAAUUUCACAUGUUCAUCUGAAGAUGUGUUGACUUUGACUCGACACAGUAUUUUUUAAAUUGAAAGUGUUAAGUUGCUGGGAUAAGUGAUUAAACUUUCAAAAAUGGCAACGCAAACAAUCACCAUGAGUAACGAACUGGUCUCUGAACCAACCGUCCACAUACGUCUCGCUCCUCUGCCUCCUGGGGGCAAUAAAAAAAAUGUCACUACUGUGCGUGUAAGAAAUAUUAAAUUAGAUCCUACACGUGCGUUGGAGCCUGCUAGAAAGAAACUCUCUGCUAUAGAGUCACAGAGGGUGAUGGCAGUCUUUGAAGAUACUAUUAGAAGAGUUGAGAUUGUAACAGCCUUGCCGUAUAUUAUUAGUAAUAUUGAUCGUUUUCGAGUAUCAUUGGGUGCAGAGCUAUCCAACUUGAUAAACCAACAUAUUAGAAUUCAAGACAGCUACCAAGACAUCCGAGACCAGUUAGAUCAGAUUCUAUUUAAAAGAGCCCAGCAGUUAGAAAAAAUUGAAUUAAAAAGAGUCGCAAAGGAGGAAGAAGAGGCAAAGAAGAGGGAAGAAUUAGAGUUUGAAGAAGACGAUGAUGAUGAUGAACAAUAUGCAGAGAAUGAAAUGCAAAACAACGCAUCUGGUCUGAAUCUCCUAGAAACAUCUCAGGAAGUUUCUGGUGAUAUUCAUCAAAUGGUUAAGGAGGAUGGAGAUGGAGAGGUGAGGGCAUCUUCAGCACACAGCAGGGAUUCUAUCAUGACGGAUUAUGAGCCGAGGAUUAAAGAAACUAUGAGGAAUCUCGGACUCGUUGCACAACAGGUUAGCCACUCAUGCAAGUCGAUACUCCGCCUAUUCAUCAUCAACCCUGCAGCCAUGAAGGUUGUCACGGAGUCAUGCCCUAGGGAGGAGAGUGGUGAGAGCAUCCUGUACAACAUGCAGGAGCUCAAGGAAAUCCUGAUGAACAAGCUGCUGACCAACCCUGAAGAGGAAGACGAAAAGGUUGCGUAUUUGGACGAGAUAUCCAAAAGGGAGAGACACAAUGCCUCUGUUAUAGAAAAACUAGAAAAAGAUCUGAAAGCUGCUAUAGAAGAUAAAGAAGAGGAGAUCAAGAAAAAUAAUGAAAUCAUCAAAAAGCUUCAGACAGAGCUCCAUACAAUUGAGAAGAUCUCAGAAGAAAACAAUCGGCGCACAAAACUGGAAGCUGAGAAACAGGAAAUGGCUGAUGCCAAGAACAGCCAACAGAAAAGCCAGAAGUUGCAGUCAGAAGUGAAUACCCUGCAGUCAGGGUUGAACAGUUUAGUUACUGAGCACAGGGAACUAGAAGCUGAUCUGAGAGCUAAAAAAUAUAAAGUUGAAAAUGAAGUGGACAACUGGAUCCAAAAAUAUGAUCAGGACUUAGGAGAGAGACAGGAUGAGUAUGAGGAGAUUGACGCCGUAUACACGGAGGAGAAGAAACAGCUACUGGAGCUUGAGGAGAGGUUCGCCACCCUGGAGAAGGAGUACCUGUCCAUCAUGGAGGAGAGGAGGGUGGCCCGCAGCAAGCUGGAGAGGGCCCAGAGGGAGCUGGAGAUGAUGGUCAAGGCCGCGACCACCAUUCAGGCAUUCUGGAGAUCCUACAAGGUCCGCAAGGCGCUCAAGGCUAAGGCGAAGAAGGGCGGGAGGAAAGGUGGAAAGAAGAAAUAAAGACACAAAUUUAUGUUUUUUAUUGGCAGGAAAGUAGAAAGAAAAAUAAGGACAGAGGGUGUAUGUAUUUAAUUGGCAGGAGAGUGGAAAGAAGAAAUAAAGACAUAAAUUGUAUGUAUUUUUAUCAGGAAAGGUGGAAAGAAAAAUAAGGACGGAAAUUGUAUGUAUUUUUUUGGCAGGAGAGUGGAAAGAAGAAAUAAAGACAGAAAUUGUAUGUAUUUUUUUGGCAGGAAAUUGGAAAGCAAAAAUAAGGACAGAAAUUGUAUGUAUUUUUUUUGGCAGGAGAGUGGAAAGAAGAUAUUAAGACAGAAAUUGUAUGUAUUUUUAGUUGGCAGGAGAGUGAGAAGAAAAAUAAGGACAGAAGGUGCAUGUAUUUUAACAUCAGGACAGGUAGAAAGAAAAAUAAUGACAGAAAUUGUAUGUAUUUUUUUAGCAGGAAAAUUGGAAAGAAAAAACAAUAGGAACUGCAUGUGUAUUUGUUAAAAUAUACAAUUUUGUUACAUUAUAUGCCUAUGUAUUGUAAGAAGUUACAUUUUUACAUUGACUGUGAAAGUAAUUAACUUUUUUUUAAAUAACUUAUUUAGUAAUAGUAUUUAAUGGAUAGUGAAUGUUCUAUAAUAUAUGAGUUUUCUGUUAUAAAAAAUCUAUCUUUUUCUUGUAAUGGUUUUGCUUUACAGUUUUAAAAAGAAGAAUAUGAAUAAUUUCAAUAAUUU